ACAGUCCGUCCUACGACUGGAUGAGACGGGUCACUCAACGUAAGAAGGCUUCCAAGAAAAAGGGGAAAGCUUCUCUGUUAUUUGAUCACUUAGAACCACUGGAGCUGGCCGAACACCUUUCCUUCUUGGAGUAUAAAUCCUUUCGGCGGAUAUCGUUUACAGAUUAUCAAAGUUAUGUUACACAUCGCUGUCUAAUGGAUAACCCAACACUUGAGAGGUCUAUCGCACUGUUUAACGGCAUCUCCCAGUGGCUCCAGUUGAUGGUUCUAAGCAAGCAGACUCCUGUGCAAAGGGCAGAGGUCAUCACCAAGUUCAUUAAUGUGGCUCAG